GCUGUUUGUCAAAUUUUCUGUUUUUCUAGCGACCACCCUGUAUAAAGUUUACCGCAGAAUUUGUGACUUUUUGUCUGCGUCUGUUUUGUUUUACAAAGUUCGAAGAUUAAGUAUUUCGCGAUGUCAAAUAACAGAAACAGACAUGAUAAACUACAAACUCUUUGCUAGUAAGAAUUUUGUGUUUAUUCGACGGUUAGGAUAUACCAAUAUAAUACGCUAUUGUUGAACCGUUUUCAGUCUUUUAUGAUUUUUUUUUGGUUGAUUACAUAGAAACCCUUUAAUUAUGUACAAUGAAUUCACGAUCAUACAACCUUGAUAAUAAAUAAUUGAAAACAAUCAAGGACGUUUGGCUUACAUAUAAUAGGAGUGAUGUAAAACUAACAAGGUUAAUUACUGCCACUUACGAGAUAAUUGAAUAACGCUUUAGGGAAUAUUUUUCUCAUGGCGAAUAACUUUAUUCAACGAUACCUUUCUUGCUCAUGAGUGUUGAAGCCACGCAGUAAAAGCAAUUAUCAAUUUUGGAUCCUGAUUCAUGCAAUAAGUUUGUAUUUUGCCAAAAUUAGCUCAAAUAUGAUAGAUACUUCGUAAAAUUCGUACGUCAUUUAUCUUUGUAACUUCAUUGCAGGAAGCUUUAUAUACAAAACUACCCGUUAGCUUGCUUAUGAGAUUCUUUUUAUGCCCGUAUCCACCAGCAUGAAUGGGUAUACUGUGGUUAAUACCACCGAAGUUUAUGUGAGUAAUGUCACUGCAACUGAUGGAAAUACGAUUUGGAAAACGGAUCAACUUUAUCGAAAUUGGUUGACACUUGUAGCUGUGACGGGAUGUGGAUUCAUAUUAAAUCUUUACAUUGUAAUAGCGAUGAUCAUACAUUUAUCGAGGAUGAAAAAUCUAUCGAAAAGUCUUAAAAAGAAAGGACCAAAACGAUAUCGGAUUUUAAUGGAAAUAUCAUUGCUUAUAACUGCUUGUAUGGUGCUGUUCAACACCCCUGCUACUGAAAAAAUUAUCGUCGAGUUGUAUGUUCCAAGCCUGUGUCCCGUUAUGAGAAGAAUAAGAGGGACAGCAGGCAGUUUUGUGUUCCUGUUUUCGUAUCUUACUCUGUGGUUCCGCCAGAGGUCAAUUUAUAACGAUCCAGCAAUGAGACAUCUUACAACAAAGACGACGCGUACCUUAAGUAUAGUUGUUGUUUUUCUCCUGACCCUAUCUCCUCUGACAACAUUUCUUAUUUAUGUAUCUGCUUAUACAUUUGCUGUGGUGGAUUCUGGAUGUGCUAUUGUUUCUUCGACUGUAAAUCCACAAGCGAUGUGGAUUGUCAUUGGCUCGACUUCCCUUCUGAUGCAAUUUAUGUUGCUUUGGCUUUUUGUUAUUCCUUUAUACAAGCAUAAGUCAAACCUAACACAAGGUGGAAAUUUAGGGAAUCGUCUAAAAAUCAAAUCUAUUACACGAAGGGCUUUUAUUACAGGCUUGGCUUGUUCUAUCACCGAUACAUUAUCUGUCGCUAUGGCUGCUUCAUCUGUUUUACGUGACGGUGUUACUUUACCGUUGUCAAUGUAUAUCACUCUUCUGGUAAACCUUUUAAUGGUUUUGUUGUCUUUCCCGGAUUGGAAAAAGAAAAUGCUGCCGUGUUGUAUCCAUAUUUGGAUCACCAAACCGCCCGAAGAGGAGAGUAGCCAGGGUAGAAUUUCCAGCAAAGAGACAGAAGCCUGAGUAAAUUCCAAGAUGAAAAUAUUAAUGUCGUCACAAUGAGAGAUUACUCCACAGUUUCCUUUAUAGGAAAAAAUUGGCGGAGAAGUUAAAGCUGUGGGUGUAUUCUUCAAAGUGGAAAUA